GUCGUUCACUCUGGUGCUGAUCGCACAGGCUGCUGCUGCUGCCGCUGCUGUCUGUGGUUGUCUGUACCGUCAGUGCAAUCGAAAUAUGUCUCCGAUCCAACACACCUGCUGAGGUCCCCCCCUCUCUCCUGGUCAACCACAUGGACACAGACACAUCCAGACAGCAUGGGCUCCAGACUGAAAAAAAACCCUGAGCGAACUUUCUACUGGUUCUUUGAAGCAACUGGCCCCAUCGCCAGAGACAAAGAUCCUGGUGUUUUGUUUCAGUUUCCAGAGGACUUCUGUGAUGAGGAGUCCUGUAAAACACUGCCCAAAUUCUGUUUCCCCUACGACAUACAAAGAGUGAGGGAUGGAGUGGCAGUGCAGCACUUUACUUUCGUCUUGACUGACCUUGAAGGAUGCCAGCGCUUUGGCUUCUGUCGCCUCACCAACAGCACACAGACCUGCCUUUGCAUGCUCAGUUAUCUUCCAUGGUUUGAAGUGUUUUACAAACUCCUCAACAACCUGGCUGAUUACCUUACAAAAGGACAGACAAAUGAAAUGAAAUUGCUGCUGGCUGCUCUGUACAAGCAGCCCAUCCCGCUGGCAGCUGGAUCUGUCACUCUGCAGAUGGGAGAGCAGCUUUUGGUCAGCACAGAGGUGUCCCACCCUGUUGGACACCAAGAGGGACAUGAGGGGGUUCCUUACUUCAUUGCCCCAGAUCCCAGGAGUCUUCCCUCCAUCCCUGAGAGUAGAAACCUGACGGAGCUGAUUGUAGCUGUGGAUAUGAGUAACCUGCUCCAGAUCUAUGCCAGCAUGCUGUUUGAGAGACGCAUCCUCAUCUUUGCCAGCAAACUCAGCACUCUGACGGCCUGUGUCCAUGCACUAAGUGCUGUGAUCUACCCCAUGUACUGGCAGCACAUCUUCAUCCCCAUCCUGCCACCUCACCUACUGGACUACUGCUGUGCACCAAUGCCCUACCUCAUAGGGGUCCACUCCAGUCUGAGUGAGAAGGUGAGGAGUCGCGGAUUGGAGGAAGUCGUGAUUCUGAAUGUGGACACAAACACUCUAGAGACCACCUUUGAUGACCUGAAGAGGAUUCCUUCAGAUGUGAUGUCAGGGCUGAAGGUGCGUUUGAAGCGCCAGGCGGUGUCUCCUGGCUGCGGUGUCGCCAAGGCCUUCCUGCGAGCUCAGGCUCUGCUGUUUGGAGGCUACAGGGACGCAGUGCAGGGAGACAAGACGGGUGAGAUGUGGUUCAAUGAGGAGCUGUUUUUGCAUCACAGGUCACCCAGUAUGAGACAGUUCCUGCAAAGUGCCAUUCAUUUGCAGUUCUUCAAGCAGUUUAUUGAUGACCGCAUGGAGAUUCUGAACAAAGGGAAGGAACCAGAUGAUCUCUUUGAAGAGGAGAUUCUGCAGUGUGGAGCAACUGCGGGAAGAGGCACAUCUUAUCAACAGUUAGUUGGUAACCUGAAGAAAGGGGGAGGAGCAAUCAUUCUCAAUAUGAAAUCCAAGGCAAACAUGAAGGCCAAAGGUCUCACCAAAAUGGGCUUGAAGAACCUGCUGAUACACAAGGACCACAGUGAGGCACACGCCCUUCAGAGAGGUGGAUCAGUAUCACACCGUCGUGCUCAGUCUGACUGCCUACAGAGCCGUCUACCAAUCACACAACAUUUUGGAAUGUCUCGUCCCCGUCGGCCUGUUCACAAACACAGGGCUCCUGGAGAGGAGGAGAACACAGAGGACACCACACAUACCUGGGAUGGGGCUGUGUCCAUGCCUGCAACUGAGCCUGACUCUGAGCUCCAGAAGGAUGAAGAGGAAGAAGAGGCACUGCUGUGCGACCCAGAGGAGAUGGACCUGCUUGGGGAGAUCUUUGACACGCUCAGCUCCCGGAGCUCCCAUGAACGUGGCUUGCUGUACGGCACACGCAGCCUGGACCUGUUUGGACCUGACAGUCAUGACUACAUCACAAAGCGUGGACUCGCCAAUCCCAGCCAGGAGAGUCUUUCUCUGUCCAUCAGUGGCAGUGACAGCCUGCACAGCUGGAACCUGGAAGAGGGACUGCAAACCACAGACAAGGUGUCAGAACUGGCAGAGGACUCUGACUGGCUGAGCAUGGACGCAAGCAUACUGGAAGAGGAGGUAUCAGAAAGUCUGCUGCUGCCAUGUGAUGUAGAGGAACAAGGAAGUGAACUGAGAGAGCAUAGAGAGAAGGGAGAGCAACAGGGGGAAAUGAAUGGGAGCAAAGGAGAAGUAACAGCAAAAAUAAACUACAAGACAGUUGAGUUAGCAGAAGAUAAAACAAAGGAGGAUCAGGAAAAUAAACUAGGUUUGGAAGAGAUGACUGCGAAAGAACAAGUCGCAAGGCAAGAGGAUGAUGAGUUGGGAGAAAAAGAGGUGGAUGGAAAUCAGAGUGAUGAGGUUAUUGUGAUAAGAGAAGUAAAAGAAGAAGCCGCUGAAAUACAGAAAGAUCUGGUGAGAGAGGGAGAGGGACAGGAGAGGCAGCAGGAGAGGAAAGCUGUGGAGAUGACAGGAUCUUCACACAGCAACAGAUCUGUGGAAUUGUGUGCCCAAUCUGACUGUCAUCCUAACGGUGCAGAGGUGGUGGACGAACACCAGAGACAGGACGAAACAGCCAGUGCAAAACCGCCACCUUCUCCUGAGUCUCAGAUGCUACCAGCUGACACUGAUCUGAAACCUCAGGCAGGUCAGGAAAAAAGCAACGAAGAAGCAGGAGGGAAAGAGGAGCCAGAAGUAGGACAGACACCUCGUCCUCCAAAAGUGCUGUCUGUGGUAGCUCGGUUUCAGUCACAGGCCCCCAAACAAGGCCCCCAAACCAAGAGCUUGGCUGAACCAGGUAGACCAUGCAGCAUGUUAUGCAACUUGGAAAAAGUUCGGCCAUACCCACAAAAUGACUCAAAUACCCCAUCAGAUGUGGACAGCCGUUCAGAACCAACUGAGGCGCAAGAGACACCUCCCAUCAAAGUCUCUGAACUGAAGAAGCGAUUUGAAGCUUGAUUUGUGGGCAACUGACUGGCAUUUUGCAAAUAUUUAAAAUUGAAUUCUGUCGAUUGUAUGUGCUUCAUGCAAUGACUAGUGAGUUGCAGUUUACAUAAAAGCCACUGGGCAGUAUGGCUGAGGAAAUAAAUGAAUUUCAUUACA